AGGACAUGUUAGCAAGUAAGGAAGAUACAUAUUUAAAGAGAGAAGGGGGAUACAUACAUACUCAUUUGUACUUUCAAGAAUUUAACAGUCAAAAAAGAAUGGCAAAUUUAGAGGGAGGAGAAAGCAACAUCAACAAAUUAGGAGAUGAAGAAAAAUUGUUAGAUGAAGCCAUAGCCACCACCCCUUCCAAUGGCUUCCACCACCAACCACAAAUAAUUUCUUCACGUAACAUUGUGAAGAUAUUUCUGUUAUUUUCAGCAGUUGCUCUUUCAUCUCUCCUUCUUUAUCACUCUUCUUCUUAUCCUCUUCAAUUCUUGCCUAAUUACAACUACAAACCGGUUUCUUCGUUGGAUUUCAACUCAAACUAUGUAAACAAAACUUCAUCAUCAAAUAGCUCCGUGGCUGAAAAUUUGCUUCAUGGCUACAAUAGUACUGCAAAUGUUUCUGCACAAGCUGGAACCCUACCCUCAAAAGAAAAGAAUAAGCAACAGCAAAAAAGCAAGUUAGAGAAAGUGUUAGAAAAAGCAGCAAUGGGAGACAAAACAGUGAUAAUAACAGCUCUAAAUGCAGCAUGGACAGAACCAAACUCCAUAUUUGAUGUUUUCUUGAAAAGCUUUAGAGUUGGAAACCAAACAAAACCACUUUUGAAACAUGUUGUAGUUGCAGCUUUGGACCAAACUGCAUAUACUCGCUGCUUGGAGAAACAGCUUCACUGUUAUGCUCUCACUACAAAAGGUGUUGAUUUCUCUGGUGAAGCUCAUUUUAUGAGUGAGGAUUAUUUGAAGAUGAUGUGGAGAAGGAUUGAUUUUCUGAGAAAUGUUCUUGAAAUGGGAUAUAACUUCAUUUUCACGGAUGCCGAUAUAUUGUGGUUUCGACAACCAUUUGCACAUUUUUACCUGGACACCGAUUUCCAAAUUGCUUGUGACCAUUACUGGUACGACUCUACAGAUUUACACAACUCACCAAAUGGAGGUUUCAAUUUUGUCAAAUCAAAUCAACGUACCAUCCAAUUUUACAAAUUCUGGUACAAUGCAAGAGAGGCUCAUCCAGGAAAACACGAUCAAGACGUGCUCAACAUGAUCAAAUUCAACCCAUUCAUCAAAGAUAUUGGACUGAAAAUAAGAUUUUUGGACACUGCUCUAUUUGGGGGAUUUUGUGAGCCAAGUAAAGAUCUCAAUCUUGUUUGCACAAUGCAUGCAAAUUGUUGUAUUGGAAUUGAUAAUAAAUUGCAUGACUUAACAAUGGCGCUUGAUGAUUGGGAAAAGUAUAUGGCUUUGCCUGGUGAUGAAAGGGUGUCAAAGCCACAAACUUGGACUGUCCCAAGAAUCUGUGGUUAAAUUGAGUUAUUAAAAGAACGAUCUAUCUUCUUCUAUUUAUUAUGGUCCGUGUAAGUGUAAAAUCCUUCAUGUAACCUUUUUCUCAGUCUUUUUUAUUUAUAUUGGUAUUUUCUGAGUCUGUUCUUCUCCUUUUUAUUCCCUUUUGAGCAUUUUUUCUUAUCAUAAUAUAUUUUACUAUUAAUUAAUAUUCAUU